CGCCACAUAUCGUCCGCAUCGCGCACUGAUUUCUCUGCGAUCAGAUCACUUCGAGCACAUCACGUACCAUCACCACCAUCGGUUCCCACACCGAAAUGGCUCUCGUCCUCGCCCCGGCGACUUCUAGUCCUAUCCGUGCUAUGCCCACCGGUCCUCAUGGAGGUGGCAGUGCGCCCACAUACCAUGGCUACAUUGGGUCCACCCAAGACUGCUUGCUUCUGUUCGAAGCGUGUCGCGUCGGCAUGCUGCGUCGCGUCCAGCGUCGAUUGUCGGUUCAAGAACGCGAACGAUCCAUUAAGAGCGGCUCUGUUUUCGUUUGGGAGGAGGAUGAGAGCGGCAUUAAAAGGUGGACAGACAGUAAAAGCUGGAGUCCCUCGCGCAUCAAGGGCAGCUUCCUCGUUUAUCGCGAGGUUGACGAAGUCACCGCCCGGCGACGAGCGUCUUCGGCCGAAUCGGACGAUGAACCGGAGAGCAAGCAGCGAUCCAAGCACCCUCCUUCGACAGCUGUAGUUCAAAGCCAGCCCCGCCGUAAAUCGUCCAGCUCUCGGGCUGCACAACAAGGAGACCCAUCUCCGAACUCGCCUGACUUAAGUCCUCUCCUUACCAAAAAAUGCAUUUCGGUUCGAACCAAGGAGGGCGGCAAACUCCAUGCCGUAUGCUACUAUACCAAAUCGGACGUUACCUCGGGUAGACUGCAGACACCGCGUGAGGAUCCCCACUUGGCGAAUCUGGCCAUCCGUGCGGGGCUUUACCCGGAAAUCUUGCCUGAGAUUUCCUUGCUGCCUGUCACGGCUGCUGCUGCUGCUGCUGCCGCCAAUGCCGCUGGUGCCAUGGUGAGGGUCACUCAUCAGGGCUUUCCACCUGGCGCCGCGCUGGAUGCCACCGGCCCUCACGGUCCCAACGGUGACGAGAUCUACGGUUUCGGCGGCCACCUCCAACUCGAUGACUACAGCGUCGGCUCCAAUGCUGCUGUCGCCGCCGCAAUGGGCGUUAGCGAUCGCCGCAUAUCCACCGACUUGUCUCAGCUCCCCCCCUCUCGCAGCGGUCGCAAGAAGUUAUCGUCCGGCUCACGUGGCAGCAGCUCCAACGACCUCUACGCCGGCGGGCCGAUCAUCCACUCCAACACGCGAGGCCAGUACCGCAACCACCCUUACGCGAGCGCCGGUUCGCCUCGCAUUCCCGCCGGUUACGCUCAUCACCCGCAAACCAUCCAUCACCCGCAAGACCUCACGACCCCCUCGUCGCCGCAAUACAGCACCGUCGACUUCACCGACACACCGUACUACCGCGACAUGUACAACCAGCACCACCAGCAACAGCAGCACCUUUCCAACCCGUUGCACAUGGCACAUGAGCAUGAGCAUGAGCAGCAGACGCGAUCGCCUGAGUUGCACGAGCAUGAACUGUCUCCUCACCUCACCGAACAGGCUUUGAGCCAAGCACCAGCGCAUGAGAGCGAAGCGGAGCAGGAGUCGAACGGUUCGCCUGACCCAAGGUUGCCGCCCUUGAGGCGCGCGGUCUCCAGAGAGGAAGAGGAUGGGAGGUGGGGCAGCGUUUGAGCUGCAAUUCUACGGGGAUGAUCCCUGGAACCAGCAAUGGUCAUCAUUCGUGCUUCUGGUGCUUGAUUUGUAUCUUGGAAAAGGGAGUGGAAUUUUUUGGAGGCGUUGAACUCUUUUGGAUUUUGAGGAGA